UUCUAGAAUCAGCGGGUUGAUGCGGGCACGAAACUGAGUUUUUCCCGGGCCCUACUAGGUUAACGUCUUGAUCGAGCAAAACUAUUGUAGCCCUAGCUCCUCCUCCUGAGGCGCCGAGAUCUGGCCUAAACCCUAUUCAUCAGCGAAGAAGAUUCAGACCAAGGGGAGUGUCAAGGAGGUUAGGGCUUGAACCGAAGAAACGGGAGUAAAGCUGUUGGGCUGAAUGGGGAAGAAGAAGAAGAGGGUUUCUUCAAAGGUGUGGUGUUACUAUUGUGAUCGGGAGUUCGAUGACGAAAAGAUUUUGGUUCAGCAUCAGAAGGCUAAGCACUUCAAAUGCCAUGUCUGCCACAAGAAACUCUCCACUGCCGGCGGCAUGGCCAUUCACGUGCUUCAGGUUCACAAAGAAAGCGUCACCAAGGUGCCCAAUGCAAAACCUGGUAGAGAGUCUACAGAUAUUGAAAUAUAUGGGAUGCAAGGGAUUCCGCCAGAUAUCUUGGCCGCCCACUACGGAGAUGAUGAGGAUGAAGCUCCAUCAAAAGCAGCCAAAGUGGAUAUCCCAUCAACUCAGCUUGUAGGUGGUGUUGUCCCAGCACCAUUAGGCAUGGGAUAUCCUCAGUCAACCUUGGGUACUAUGCCACCUAUUUAUAAUCCAGCGGUACCUGUGCCUCCUGCCACUUGGUCAGUUCCACCUCGACCUCAGCCUUGGUAUCCGCAACCUCCAUCUGUUUCCAUUCCUCCUCCUGCCCCAUAUGUACAGCAGCCAUUAUUUCCUGUCCAGAAUGUGAGGCCACCUCUACCAUCAACUGCUUCUCCUGCCCUUCCAACUUCUCAAGUUGCUCCUCCUGGAUUGCCUCCAACAUCUGCUCCAGUUUCACAACCAUUGUUUCCUGUUGUUGGAAAUAACCAUACGAUGGCCCAAAGUUCAACAUUUUCUGCACCAUCACUUUCUACCACUGUUCCAUCUUCAUUGCCUUCAAGUACCUCUGCUGAUGCUUAUUCCAGUGCUAACACAACUUCGACAAAUAAUUAUCAAACACUAGGGGUUCCAGGAGGGACAUCAAGCAACUCGCAUUCUUAUGCUUCUGGUCCAAAUACUGGUGGACCUUCAAUUGGACCACCCCCAGUAAUUGCAAACAAAGCUCCUGCGACUCAACCAGCCACUAAUGAGGUCUACUUAGUUUGGGAUGAUGAGGCAAUGUCCAUGGAGGAAAGAAGAAUGUCCUUGCUAAAAUACCAGGUGCAUGAUGAAACUAGCCAGGUAAGUCAUACUACCUCUGUAAUAGAAGGAGUUGCUUUCACAUCUAACCAGAUGGGUAGGCUUUAUGCUUCUUGCUUUCAGAUUCAGUUGUUUACGCAUUGUUUGCUAUUGAUAGAGGUACAUUCUGUAUAAUAUUUAAUCCUCUUUCUAAAAAGGAAGUUGAGUGGCAUUCUAAUUUUUCCCCUUCUUUUGUCUUACUCAAUAAGAAUGAGUAGUGCAUUCUGCUUUAUUUUAAACUGCCACUUUGGCCGCAAGCUAUGCCUCCCAAAUUUGUGAGCAUCAAAAGAUUCAAGUAUGUACUUGUUGCUAAUUUCUCUUUGGUAGUUAAUUACUGCGGUGUAAUAUGUGAAGUAUGCUGUAGACAACCAACUACAUCGCCCUGCUUUUGUAGUAGAAGUGUACGUAUAUAUGAAUUUUUAGGCUUGGUUUUGAUACUGUUAUUCCUUCUCCCCCUGCUUGAUUUCCAAGAAUUGGGUUUUGGGAUGAAUAAGAUCUUACACACCUGAUUUUUCCUCAUCCGUAGCAUCAUUACAAUUUAUUUUAUGGAACAAGUGAAUUCAGACUUGGCCAGGUCAGCUUCUUUCGCAGAGUUUGGAAUCUCUUGCAUAGGCCCAGGCUGUUAAAUAUUUGGUUUUUGUUGUAUUGAGUAGCAGUCUCUGUGCAACGUGCUGAUCAUUCCUGGUUAUUUUUCAGAUGAGCUCCAUUGAUGCAGCUAUAGACAAGAGGAUACUUGAAAGCAGGCUAGCUGGUCGAAUGGCUUUUUAGAACAAUCUGAGCCAUGUGUUGUCAAAUUUGUUCACUGCUGAUGGUGUUAGAACAUUAGAGUUUAUUUUCCGAGAUUCUGGUGCAGUUUCAUCAUUCUUUGCUUGGAGUUUUCCAUUUACCAACCUAGCGGUGCUAUUCUUGGCAAAAAAAAAAGAAAAAGAAAAAAAGAAUUUGGAGACUCUUUUGUACCUGGUGGGGCGGGGUUAGUUAAGGUAAAAUGGUAUCUCAUAGAAAGUUGCAGGACGCCGGUGGUCUUCUAAUAUCCUUUUUCUCUCUUUUUUAGGCAUAGGGAAAUGAUACCUUGUAGAACAGAUGGCUCCAAAUCGAGUUUGGAAAUAUCAUUUCUAUGUCCUUUUAUAUGUUUCA